GCAUAAAGUUGUGAUUUGAUAUUGAAUUAUGCUUUUCGGUUAUUAUCCCGAUAGGCCUAUACGUUGCCUUCACUCACAAAAAAAAAGUUAUUAUUUAUAUCAUUCUUCAUAUGAACCAUAUUUAGACAAGUCAACCUUUGCUGAUAUUUGAUCACACAGUUUAAUAUAGGUUAACCCUAAUUACACUCGUUAUCCUUCGUUACAAUAGCAGAAUCACAGGUGAAUUUCAUUUCUUUAAAAAUAAAAAGUGUAGGCCUACAGGUGAAUACUGUGAGAACACACCGCACCGUCACUUAUAAAAGCCAGACGUUGAACACACCUGCAGCCGGCUAAUUACUCUUAAUCAUGUGCACGUGCGCGGCUCAUCAUAAUUAGUCAGAUCUCGUUCCGCUGUUAGCGUGGCCGGUGGUAGGAUUUGCUAAUUGUAGCACACACGACUCGUUGACAGCAUGUCGGAGGAUGAAAGGAGACAAGCGGAGGCUGUUUUCACUCAGCUACAACAAGGAGAUAUUUAUGUCGACACAGGUUCCUCUGGGCCUGAUGAUUUUUUUGAGGAGGACUCCUACUCUCCGUCCUCCCUCUAUUCGUCCUCCUCGGCCUCCUUCCCCACUGUGACCUCCCUGCAGGGGAAGACCCUGUGCACCUCCUGCGGCCUGGAGAUAGUGGACAGAUACCUCCUCAAGGUGAACAACUUUUGCUGGCAUGUGCACUGCCUCUCAUGCAGUGUGUGCAACACGUCACUGGGGCGACACGUGAGCUGCUUCAUCAAAGAUAAACAGGUUUUCUGCAAACUUGAUUACUUCAGGAGGUACGGGACCCGCUGUGCUCGCUGUGGCCGGAACAUCCACUCCAGUGACUGGGUGCGCCGGGCCCGGGGCAGCACCUUCCACCUGGCCUGCUUCUCCUGCAUCUCCUGUAAGCGCCAGCUCUCCACCGGGGAGGAGUGUGGAGUGCUGGAGAAUAGGGUCUUCUGCCGGCCACACUACGACAUCCAACGUGCUAAGGAAAAUGAGCAACCGCAAGUGGAGGAUGAGCUGUCGGUGAAAGACGAGGCCAGCUCCAUGCCCCGGCCGGCUAAGAGGGCCAGGACCAGCUUCACUGUGGACCAGCUACAGGUAAUGCAAACUCAGUUUGCUAAAGAUAACAACCCAGAUGCCCAGACCCUCCAGAUACUGGCAGAAAGUACUGGUCUCAAGCGCAGGGUCGUUCAGGUUUGGUUUCAGAACUGUCGAGCUCGUCAAAAGAAAUACAUCAACCCACAUUCCUCCUCCUCAACCUUUAUGGCAUCCUUUGCUCCUGGUCAGCUGACGCCACCUAUGAUGGACGAUCUGCAAUACACAACCUAUAUUUCCCAGGAUGCACCCCUCCUCACUACACUGACCUAUAUGGAUGUUCAAAAUCCAGACCCACUUCUGCUUCAGCCUCUCACGUCUCAUUCGCUGACGCAUCUACCCGUCAGCCAUGCCUGAGCUACAGCCCGCCUCUCAGAAAAUGGAGAAAAAAUGAUUGGCUGAUUGGAAGAUAAAGAGCAAAUUGUUACUCUUUCAUAAAAAAGUCCUGGGGAUUGAAUUACUUUGUUUUAUAAACUGUCCAAAGAAUCAGUUAUUAAGUCAAACAAUUUAAAGUUUCACUGCCUUCUAUGUGAGCAAAAAAUAACCUGUUAUGUCAACAAAUUAAUUUAAUGGAAUCACACAGAAACAGGAGAGUUUUGACAAAAUAUGGUAAUAAGUGAGAUGAAACCUUUGUUAAUAUGUAUAUGCUGUGUUUUUCUUUGUAUUUAAUUUAUUUGAAAAUAAUUGUGAGAUAAGGCACUUUGUUGUAAGAAGAUAUAAAGCUAAGUAAGGAUAUGGUUUUCAGUUCAAUGUUUAUUUAAGGAUGUGUUUGAUGAUAAUAAGAUUGUUAGUUGGGCAAGUACAAGAAAGAGAAGCGGGUUGUUUUCCUUGUAAAGACUUUGUUAGAAAAGCUCUCUGCUUUCCACUUGGAAGUGUCAAAGGCUGUUAUUCUCAAAACAUCCACAUGUCCUAUUUUUGAUAAACAACAUUUCUUAAGAUGCUUUUCAGUAGAACAUGCGGUAAACACAGAUAAAAACAAAACAAAGCAAUGUGUAAAUAUUUCCUUAGAUUGGGAAUGUUAGACAGAAGCCAUGUAUGAACUGCACACUGGGAAUAGAUGCUUUCACAUUUGAUGUUUAAGAUAAUCUAAAUUAAAGUUCAUGGCUGCAACAAAAGACUUUGUUCAUAUAAAUCAUAUAUAUCACUGUAACUGAUUGUCAUUUCAAAGAUGGUGUGAUACAAAUCUACCCAUGUGGGCUGUGUAAAACUGA